UCAAUGCAGAGCGUGCGUAAAUCACGCAUUUGAACCUAAAAGAGUACCUAUUGUGUGUUUGUCAUCAAAUGUAAAUUCGUUGCAAAUCGUCGGAUAAUUGCGCCGCGCACUGGAACUUCCUGCGAUUUUACACAUUUUCGCAACACUCCCGCGAACGCACACGCAACUACGAAAAUGCAAACAACAAUCCUGUUUUGCUUUUUUAUAUUCGCAAGAACGACUUACGCGCAAAUUAACGGUGAAUUUUGGUGGUUAAGUGAUAAACUGACGCAACUUACAGGCGAAGAACCAGCUCCUCCGAAAUUCGAAGAACUGAGUGAGUUUGAUACUGAUGAAUCUGCAAAAAUAAUAUUUCGUGACAACUCGUUAUUGAUAACAAAAGAUAAACUACAAAAAGCAAUUUCAGAAAAAGAGAAGUGGAGAAAAGAAAAAGAAAUGAAUUCAUUAGACUCGAAUAGUAUCAUAUGGCCGGACGACGAUGAUAUUACAAAAACACAGCCAUUACAUCAAUUGUCUCCUUCAGACCAAGAAGUAAAUAAAUUAACAUUUGCAGUUGAUACAAAUCUUGGAACUUCAGAUACUCAGAAAGUUAUAUCCAAACCAAGUGAAGAUCUGUUCAUAUUUAGAUAUCCAGAAGAAGACAAUUCCAUUGAGUAUCCGUUAAAAACUGACUUAUCAGAUCUUUCGACAUCUCAAAACAGCAUUAUUAAUUCACUUGCAAAGCCUACAUCAAAAGACGAAUCGAAAGACGUCCCUGUUACAGAAAAUACCAUAAAUGAUGAAAAUAAUGAAAGUAGGGAAGAUUUAUUUUUGUUUAAAUUCCCUGAAGACGACACAAUACUAUGGCCAACAUUUUCCAACACAACUGAGUCAACUAAAGAUGUUCCAGGUGAAAUAGUGAUUCAGAUUAACGACGAAAAUUUACUUCAAUUCGAAAAACCAUUAAUCGACACAAAAGAUAAUUUAAACUCGGAGAAUAUCUGCUCCUACGUUAAGAAAAAUGAAUGUUACCGAAGAAAUGGCGUAAUUUACAACCGACAAAGGUCCAAUCCUAAGAAGCUAAUAAGUGCACAAUCGCACUUAAUUUGUUGCAUUUUACCACUAAAUAUAGAAUCAUCCAAAAUAGUGUUCCCCGAUUCUUCAGAAAGCCAACCAAAUCGUUUUCGAAGGUCUAAUAAACCAGAAUCAGUUAAUCUAGCAUUAUCACAGAGAGAUUUUCUGUUACGACAAAAAUUUCGGCCUCAAAACAUUAAGCCAACCACGGUGACGCAUACUAGAGUCGUCACUCCAGUUGAUGAUUAUUACGAAGACCCGUAUUGGAACAUAAAAGGUUCUAAUUUGAAGAAGCCAGGAACCCAUGGCUCACAAAAACAAGAUUACGACGACCCUGACUAUGUUGAGGAUUAUGUAGUAGAGCUGCCUAAGCCAGGCCUAGUCGGUUUAUACUCCGACAAUCCACCCAAACCGUCAUGGUCUUUUGAUAGUCCUGAACCAUCUUACGGUGCUAGCAGUGAUGACAGUGAUGAGGAUGAUGGAACUUCGUUUGGAUACUCCACAAUUGACCCCAGGAAAUCAAGUUCUAAAGCUCCCAAGCGAGGCAGACCAGCAAAAGUAUCAACAGGCUCACCGGAAGACUUCACACGAGACCCUGAGGGUCAAACUGUUAGUUUUCAGUCAAGCCCAAACUUCCAAGUUCUUCAAGGAUUUAAGCUUCUGAAUUUGGGGCGAAAUAAGAAUAAGUUUUAUGCAAAGAAUACGAGACGAAGUACAACUGAAGGAAGCACUGAAGAUGACAGCACGGAGCCCAUAAAAGUCGACUUGGGCGUUGUUGACGACAAUCAACAAGUGUUUGAGAAUUGUGGCAGAACUGCUCGGCACCAAAUUGAAAUAAAUAGAAAUGAUAAACAGGUCGGCGAAGCGGUUAGCGGGUCACACCCCUGGAUGGCUCUAGCGGUGUUGACUAGGAGACCGCAAGGCAUUCUGUGUUACGCCACGAUCGUCCAUCCUAAGGCCGCGGUCACCACCGGCGAUUGUGUCUACGGACGAACCUCGUCAAAAGAAAUUACUCUGUUAGCUGGCUUGUGGAAUCUUAAUGACAGAUCUCGCGCUCAAAGCCGCUUCGUCACCGUAACUCUACACCCCCAAUAUCGCCCUAAAAUAUUGGCACAUGAUCUAGCGCUUUUGCACUGGAACACUCCUCUCAACUUGAACGCCAAAGUGCAGCCAGUGUGUCUCGGCAGCGCGCCCACUGGUGACGGCUGCAUGUUCUUCGGAUGGGGUGGAUUUGAUCAAGACGUCCGCCCCAAGCCCCGCUGGCAGAGGGUCUCGCUAGCCUCCGAACAGAAGUGUGCAGCGCGCUUAACAAAGUCCCUCGACUUUCCGGACGAUGGCUUUUGCGUCACUGUAAAGACGCGUGGCACUGUUACUGGGGUCGGCGGCCCAUUGAUUUGCGAUACCAAUGGCCGCAAAACAGCUGUAGGUGUGUCAGUCUGGCGCGACAACGCGUUGGUGCUACUCCCGGCUCAGGAUUGGAUCGUCCGAGCCUUCGAAGACCUUGGUAUUGAAUAGAAUCGAUAAGAAUCAUUCGAUUCUAAACUUGACAUUAAAAUUUAGGGCACCCUCGGCAGCAGAUUAUGAGAGAAAUAAUAAGUAUAAAAGUAGCUUUUACAUAGAAUGUAAUUUUCAGAACUUUUCUCUAGUUUUAGCUAUCCGUAAAAGCAAUCCUUUACAAGGUCAAAAGCAAGAAAUAAAUGUAACUUGUU